UCUAAGCUAGUAUGGGAUUAAAUAUACGUACAGCCUAAACGGUUCUACAUUGCUUUCAUUAUAUUAAAAAUAAAAUGUAUGUAAGAAUAUAUAGAAAUAUCACGAAUUGUUCUCAAGGAUUUGUGUUAAUUUAGUGGUCAUUUUGAGACUACACGUCAGCUUUCUCGGAGUCCCAUGCAAGACGGCAAACGUUACCUUUCCAUAGCUGCCUCUGGGAGUUGGGGCUCCCAGUGCUUUCAGCUUUUCCAGCAUGAAGACAAAUAAGUCUUAUAAACUCGUACUGCACAAGAAAGGCUUUGGUGGAAGUGAUGAUGAGCUGGUUGUCAACUCAAAGAUCUUCCCUCAAGUCCACCUGGGAGAUGUAAUUGAGAUUGCUCACCCUACAGAUGACUACAGUCCUCUUCUGCUUCAGGUGAAAAGCUUAAAAGAAGAUCUUCAGAAAGAGACCAUCAGUGUGGACCAGACCGUAGCACAGGCUUUCAAGCUUCGUGCCUAUCAGGAUGUUAUUGUUAAUAUAGUUGACCCUAAGGACGUAACACUUGAUCUGGUGGAACUGACGUUCAAAGAUCAGUACAUUGGCAGAGGAGACAUGUGGAGGCUAAAGAAGAGUCUGGUGAGCACAUGCGCUUAUGUGACUCAGAAAGUGGAGUUUGCAGGAAUCAGAGCCCAGGCCAGUGAAUUAUGGGUGAAAGGAGAAAAAGUGACCUGUGGCUACAUUAGCGAGAAUACCAGAGUGGUUUUUCGAUCAACGUCUGCUAUGGUUUACAUCUUCAUCCAGAUGAGCUGUGAGAUGUGGGAUUUUGACAUAUAUGGGGAUCUGUACUUUGAGAAGGCAGUCAGUGGUUUCCUGUCUGACCUGUUCACCAAAUGGAAGGAGAAGAACUGUAGUCAUGAAGUGACCGUCGUGCUGUUUUCACGCACAUUUUACAACGCCAAAACUUUGGAGGAGUUUCCUGAGAAUCUAAGAGGAUCCGUCAGACAGAAUCAUGAGGGACAUUAUUAUGAAGACUUCUACAGGGUCGUGGCUCAGAAUGAGAGACGGGAUGAGUGGACAUCACUACUGGUCACCAUCAAGAAACUCUUCAUUCAGUACCCUUUUCUGGUUCGACUUAAAGAAGCAGCUGCUUUUCCUGUGGGUUAUAAUUCCACUGCAGUGCAGGGAAACUACCUGGAGGCCAUUAAUCUUUCUUUUAAUGUGUUUGACAAGCACUACAUCAACCGUAACUUUGACCGCACUGGCCAGAUGUCCGUGGUCAUCACUCCGGGAGUAGGAGUGUUUGAAGUUGACCGUCUGCUUAUGAUACUGACUAAACAGCGAAUGAUUGAUAAUGGUAUCGGUGUAGACUUGGUGUGUAUGGGUGAGCAGCCUCUGCACGCUGUGCCAUUGUUUAAGCUGCACAACAAAACAACACCUGGGGACUCGCGUGUAGGAGACGACUACAACCUUCCCCACUGGAUCAACCACAGCUUCUACACGUCCAAAAGCCAGAAUUCCUGCAGCUCAUUCACUCCUCGGAUCAAACUGGCUGAUCGCAAGCCUCAUGCUGACAUCCAGAAGAGCAACAAAGACCACUCUCUUUGUUCUCCAAAGGACUCAGACAACAGCCUGCCUAUACAGAUAGAUUACGAUGCCUAUGAUGCUCAGGUGUUCCGGCUUCCAGGUCCAUCACGAAUUCAGAGGAGCACCAACUUCAGGAUUGGUCGAGACAAAGAGACGAGUGGCAGGAAAAGCUGGGGCUCUGUGGACAUCAGCACCGGCAUCGGCACGUCUUCUCCUGUUCGCUCAGGGGGGACAGAGGAGCAGACGAGCCUGGCCUCUGAUGACAGCCUGGGUCCUGUGUCCAACAUGCUGCUGAUCCCCCGAGGUCCUCCAGCGCAGUAUGAAGUCAGCAGCUCUCUGGGUUACACCAGCACCAGAGAGUUAUUGGAGAAGAUGAUGGACUCUCAGCGGGACUCCAGCGCCCCCGGCAGGUUCACAGUGGGCAGUGCUGAGUCCACCCUUCAUAUCCGUCCUGGAGGCUACACUCCUCAGAGAGCUCUCAUAAACCCCUUCACACCAUCCAGGAUGCCCAUGAAGCUGACCUCCAACCGGCGCCGCUGGAUGCACACAUUCCCUGUUGGUCCCUCUGGAGAGGCGAUCCAGAUUCAUCACCAGACCAGGCAGAAUAUGGCAGAGCUACAGGGCAGCCAGCAGAAAGAUCCAACUCACACAUCUGCUGAGCUACUGGAGCUGGCUUAUCAUGAAGCCACAGGACGGCAAACAACCUCCAGGCAAGCAGGCGAGAACGGCCUUUACAUUUGUGGAGGAACGGAAGAGUUCACUGGGAGUCCAGGGAGCAACAACAGCUGUGGACCUUUGGGCAACCGAAGCUCCUCCUUCCAGGAGUUCUCCAGCGGUGCUGAUCCGACCCUGCUGCUGUCUGCACCUCCGACAGUGCCCAGCUUCUGCUGCACGGUGGGGGUGGACUGGAAGUCCCUGACUACCCCAGCCUGCCUCCCCCUCACCACCGACUACUUCCCUGACCGUCAGACGCUGCAGAACGACUACACUGAAGGCUGCUAUGACCUCUUGCCACACAGUGAUCUAGAAAGACGCGAAGAUGAAGCUCCAGUGAUGACGGCGUCUCAGGUGUUUGAAGAGUUUAUCUGUCAGAGGUUAAUGCAGGGAUAUCAAAUAAUAGUCCAAACAAACAACAGAAAACCUCCUCCUGCAGUGGCCACGCCCCUUGGCAGCAGUCCUCUGUACACUAGAGGUCUGGUGUCUUUGCGUCGAGCAGAGGAAGAAGAGACGGUUUACUGGCUCAGCAUGGGCCGCACCUUUCAUAAGGUCUGCCUCAGAGACAAAAUCAUCACUGUCACUCGCUACCUGCCGAAGUAUCCGUAUGAAUCAGCUCAGAUCCAGUACAGCUACAGCCUGUGUCCUCCACACUCAGAUGCUCAGUUUGUGUCCUGUUGGGUGGAGUUUGGACAUGAGCGGCUGGAGGAAUACAAGUGGAACUACUUGGACCAGUACAUCUGCUCGGCUGGCUCUGAGGACUUCAGCCUGAUCGACUCACUGAAGUUCUGGCGGACCCGCUUUCUGCUGCUGCCAGCCGGAGGGGCUCGGCGGGUGGCGGACGGGGAGGGCCACUGGGACGUGUAUGGAGAGGGGCCGGGUACUGGGAUGGGUGGCUGUGGGGACUGGGUCCUGUUGGACGGCUUCAUUCGCUUUGUGGAAGGCCUCAACCGCAUACGGCGACGGCAUCGCUCUGACAGGAUCAUCAGGCAGAAGGGUACACCCAUGAAAGGACUGCAGGUCACCAGUCCUGUCCCACCCUACCCACCUGAGCCUGUGGCACCUCCACAAGGAAAGAGGGGCACUUCAGCUCUGACAGCUUUGCUGGAGAUGGAGCAGAACCAGAAGACCCUGGAGGAGCAACAGCAGCACUCCAAGGCUACCCCUGCUGUGAGCGAUCUGUCUAGUGUUGCCAUGGCUCCUACAUAUGUAGACAGUCCCCGUAAGGACGCUGCCUUUGUUUUGGAUUUUAUACGUAGCCCUCGCUCCUCCUACAUCUAUCACUCUCAGCUGCCUGUGGAAACCUCUGAGCCAGCAGAGAAAGGAGCCCAGGCGGGGGUGGCAGCUGGAGCAGCGACCCCUGCAGGAGAAGCUGCAAACAGCAGCACAGACACCAGUGGCCAAUCAGCAGCCGGGGCUCUCUGUCUGUCCUCCUCAUCAACGCUGAUGGAGAUUCUGGAGGCCAUCAAACAUCCCAUGACCGGUGUGCAGCUACUCCCAGAGCAGAAAGGCCUCCCACUCAACUGCUUUAUAAGUGCUGAAGUUGUUCAUUGGCUGGUCAACAAUGUGGAGGGCGUGGCCACACACGGCAUGGCUGUGGACAUCAUGCAGAAAAUGCUGGAUGAAGGAGUGGUGGCCCACGCCUCUGGAGACGCCAUGCGCACCUUCGUCUAUGGCUUCUACUUCUACAGGAUAGUAGGAGAAAAAGAAGGCCUCAACUCCCAGCUGCAGGCUGCUGGCGGCUGGUCCACUGCAGCCGUGGAGGAUUUUGCCCUUUUCCAGAGAAAGUGGUUUGAAGUGGCAUUUGUGUUGGAGGAGCGGCGGCCCUGCGACCUGCCCGCCUUCCUCUUGCCCUGGCUGCCCAGCCGGCCCGCCUCGUACGCAAGUAGGCACAGCUCCUUCAGCCGCAGCUUUGGGGGACGCAGCCAGGCCGCUGCACUGCUAGCUGCUACCGUCCCAGAGCAGAAAACCGUCACACUGGACGUGGACAUCAAUAACCGCAGCGACCGAACUGAGUGGUGCAGCUGCUAUUACCAUGGCAACUUCUCUCUUAAUGCUGCCUUUGAAAUCAAGCUCCACUGGAUGGCUGUCACGGCUGCAGUGCUUUUUGAGAUGGUUCAAGGUUGGCACAGGAAAGCAGCUUCCUGUGGUUUCCUGCUGGUUCCUGUUCUGGAGUUCCCCUUUGCGCUGACAUCCUAUCUGUAUGGAGACCCACUGAGGGUCCAACUCUUCAUCCCGCUCCACAUCCAGUGUCUGCUGAAGAACGGCAGCGACAACCUGUUCGAAGGGUUUGAACCAGAGACAUACUGGGACAGGAUGCAGCUCUUUCAGGAAGCCAUCCUCUACAGGUUUGGCUUCGUACACGACAAGUUUUCAUCGUCAUCUUUUAAUUUCCCUGCUGAGAACAAGCCUCAGUACAUCCAUGUUACAGGCACCGUGUUCCUGCAGCUGCCGUACUCCAAGAGGAAGUAUUCUGGCGGCCAGACGCGGCGCCGCAGGAACUCCACCACCUCCAACAGCCAGGGACCGUUUGGCGGCGAGGAGAGGGUGGGCUACUACUGGGCCUACAACACCAUGCUGACCAAAGCCUGGAGGACGGGGGUGUUGGGCGAUGAACGGCUGGCUGACCGCCUCCUCAGGGACUUGACCGACUUCUGUUCUAACAAGGACAACAGACUACAAAUCUUCUGGGACAGCUGCCAGGAGAAAAUGAAUGCUAGCGCCCCCUAACUGGACACUUGUGUUAUUUUUAUUCAUCUUGCUACAUGUUGAGUUCGGUUUAAUCCUGUUUCUGCUUUUUCUGAACAUUCGAUGGAUGGAAUCAUGUCUGAAUAUGUUUUUUUGACCAAGACGUUUAGAGAAACACAGAAAGUACUAAAGAUUUUUCACAUCAGUACAGUAAAUAUGAUCCUUGUCCCAGUAUUGAAAAAGACUUCAGGUUUCCAUUUAAACUGUUGUUUCGUUUUACUGCAGCAGCCACACAAAUAAAGGCAGCAUCAAGUGUUGAAUAAUUUAGGAAGUUAGCAUUUUGACUCAAUUCUAUACAUAUUCUCCAAGUUUAAACUAAAAAUUACUAAUUGGCUUUGAACAUGUCAGCUAAAGGGUAUGUUCUGAAAGAUUUAUGUGGUCUAAAGAGUUGAACAUCCUUUAUCAGUGAAUGACAACCGCUUUGUUGUAACAGCAGUGUUGUAAGACGCUGUUGUCUUUGUUUUGGACUUUCAACCCGACUUGUGAAAAUUCAUGCAUAUUAUUAAAAGCCAAGCUAAGCAUUUUAGA